AUGCCUCAUUAUCAAUUAUUUGGUGGUGCCAUAAGCAUCCAUUUAGAUGGCAACUAUAUGGAUGCAAGUGAUCUGCGUCAGGUCCCCGACAACCAAGAAGUUCUGCUCUCCCGCGAUUCGGAUGUGAGUGUGAUUGUGGAGGUCUUGCAAUGCGUCGGCACGUCUACGGAUGCUGAUGCGAUGGACCAUGGCGUGCGCUAUCACUUUGAUUCAUUGGCGCAUGAUAACAGCGCUUUGGAAUCCCAGAUUCUCAAGGUUGCAUCCACCACGUGUAUACCACAGAAUCCCGCACAAGGAGCAACACCCACUCCGUCACUUGCACAGGGUCUUCAGAUCGUGCGAAAGUUUGGUAAAGCAUCCGACGAAGAUCGUGUGCAAAUAUCCAUCGCGAUGUGGCGUCUUCCGUCCAAAAACGUAGACUUGGUUCUUUCAAUCAAUGAUCCCACUUGCGCGCGAAUUGAUUGGAGUGUGCUCCAACAGGCAGCAAGUUCACUACAUAUCGUAGACUGGGGGCUAUUUCCCUAA